GAGAGCAAGGACAGCACAAGGAAAUGUCUUGAUAGAAGACUGUACGAUCUGUACAUUCAUUUUCUUGUUUAAUGCAUGUUAUACAAGGAGUCUGGGGUCAAGUGGUGUCGUUUAAAAAUUUGUUUCACGGAAGGAUAAGUGGUGCGAAAGGAGGAAUCUGCUAGCCCAACGUUGCGGCUUCCAGGAAAGGCAAGAUGUCUGACCUGAGAAUUGUACUUGUGGGCAAGAUUGGGGCAGGGAAGACCUCAGCAGGGAACACCAUCCUUGGCAGAAAGUUCAGAAGUGAAGGGGCAAUAUGUGUGAAGAGACAAGGGGAAGUAGCUGGGAGGCAGGUCACUGUGGUGGACACUCCAGGGUGGGACAGAGUCAACAUGCAGCGCACAUCAGAACAGGUCAAACAGGAGAUUGUGCGUAGUGCGUCCCUGUGCCCCCCAGGACCCCACGCUUUCCUCCUGGUCAUUCCAGUGGGGGAGUUCCCAGAGAGGGAGAAGAAGACAGUGAAGAAACAUCUGCAUCUUCUUGGUGAGAGAGCAUGGAGACAUAUGAUGGUUCUUUUUACAUCCGAGGAGGAGCUGAGAGACGCGGCCAUUAAGGAACACAUUGAGAGAGAAGGCGAGUCCCUGCGGUGGCUGCUCGAGCAGUGUGGGAACAGGUAUCAUUUCCUCAGCAGUGCACCCGGCUGCCCCCGCACACAGGUCACAGGCCUGCUGGAGAAGGUGGAGCAGAUGGUGGAGGAAAACUGCGGGGAUUUCUACCUCCCUCAAGUUUAUUAUGACAUCAUAGAGAGCAGAACACCGAGAGAGCUGACUGAGCUGAGAGUGAAAUACGAGGAGAGAGAAGAGCAGCUGAAACAGAGAUUCAGGAAGAAGGAAGAGGACAUGAAGAAAAAGUUUGAGGAGGAGUGGAGCAGGAGAGAAAAUGAAUUGAUGUCAAGGAUAAGACAGAGGAGGGGGAGCGUUGAUAUCCCACCUAACUUGUCUGGAGACAGAGGAGAUGAGGAGCCGAAUGAACAGAAGCAGGAACAGAUAAAAGAGCCAGAGAUACAGAGGGGAGAGCUGUUGGAGGCGGUCAGGAUGGGGUACAGAGAGGAGGCGAUGGCCCUUUUGAAGUACUACAUGAAGCCGGCUUUAGUGGUUCUGAUCGCAGUCAUUGGGGCACUCAUAGGGGCGAUAGGUGGAGCUCACAGAGGAGUGAUUGGAGCUGUUGUUGGUGUUCCCAUUGGUGUGGUUAUUGCUCUUUUAAUCUCAGCGUUAGUAAGAAGUGAAGCCAGAGCCGCGAGAGGUAAUGAUGCUUCUCUCAGUGUAAGAGAACCCCUGAGCCCAAGCCAUAGAGAGCCGUCACUCCAAACGGCCUCUGCUUCAACAAGCUGAGGAAAAAGACUCAAAGACUCAAGAAAAACACUAACGCUGACACCAACCAUUUUGAUCCACACAUUGGGCCACAGGACCUGGAUCUGUGGAGCAGUACAAUCCUGUGUUGAUUCUGGUAAAAUACAAAAAUAUGCAGUUGAAAUAAGCCUCAGGCCAGUGAAAUCAAAAUUGCAUAUUCAUUUACUUGACUUGCUCGGAUGUGGGAGUUUGCUAAGGUUAUUUUUUUACACAUGAUUACCAACAACACUAAUGGAGCCCUCUUCCUUUUUUAAUGCUCCCCCUCCCAAAAUUGUAAUUUGCUCACCCCAACACAACAUCCUUAAAGGAGGG